AUGAUCUUACGUGAGCAUAACGAUAAACUAAACAAGUCAUUUUCUGAUCUCAGUACCACCACCAGCCAACAAAGUGGCGGACGUGUUUGGGAAGAAGAACUGUCCUCGUCUCAAAAAGCAAAUGUAAAUGAAAUCCUUCGUCAAAUAAAUCCGUCUAUAAAUCCCAUUGUUUAUCAAGUUAAAAAUUCUUCAUUUUCCACAAGCAAAAGACAACAAAAUAUGUUAAAACAAUCUCUUCUUUCUAUUCUAACGGAAUCCACUUCAUUUUUUGCUAAAGCGAUUUGUCCUGGUCAUUUCAAAGAACUAUUAGAUUUAUGUGAAGUUCCGACGUUUCUUCGUAAAGAACAUGAUAAAUUUUUGAACGACGAUAAAAUAUUAGAGUCGAUAAAAGAAAUUUAUGGUAAUAACACGGACACUCGAUUAAAACUUCAGUUGUUAUCUAUCGUUGUAAAGAAAAAUUACUCUUCCACCGAUAUUAAAUCUGCAUUCAACUGCACUGAUUAUAUGAUUACCAAAGCAUUACAACAUGCAAUAAAGAAGGGUUCCGGUUCUAUUGUACCUCGACAACAUUAUCAUCGUGCUCGAGUCUCGUUUAAUAGAAUAAAACAUUUUAUGGAUUUUCUAUUCGAUCAUGAUUUCGUACAGGACGUUGCGUACGGCACAACAAAAAUUCGAACAAUGAAUGAAACAUUCACAAUACCACUUGUCGUUAAAAAAUGCAUUAAUUCUCAUAUCGUUUAUGCCUACGAUAAAUACUGUCAACAAAUUCCCUUUAAGCGUCUAUCAAACCGUUCGUCCCUGUCGUUAUAUCGUGUAUUAAAUGAAUAUAAAAUGUCUCAACGAACGUCGCUUGCUGGUCUUGAUGAUUACACCGCAGGUGGAACAGAAAGCUUCGAUGUCUUAGAGAAUCUCGUUGCAUCAUUACCAAUUACAAAAUACGAACAAAAACGAAUAAUAAUGCAAUUACAUGAAGCUAAAAGACAUUAA